UUGCAGGUUGCAGCCGCAAGCUUCUCCCAGAAGCCUCCUCUCCUCUCCACUCCACUCACCAACCCACUCCUCUUCCACCGUGAGAGAGAGAGAGAGAGAGAGAGAGAGAUGCCUAGGGUUCCCACGCUGCAAGCUUCCGCCGCGGCGGCGGCGGCGGCCGCGGCGAGGAGCUGGCCGAUGCUGCGGCGGCUCUGGAGGAAGGCGGUGGUGGCGCCCGUGCUCUGGCUCUACCACCUCGGGGAGGACAUCAUCUUCUACGGCUUCCUGGCGGCGAUGAUGGCGGCGAACCUCGGCGGCAUCGUGCCCGAGAUCCUCGGCCGCUGGGCCUGCGGCGAGGGCUCCGCCGUGUCGGCCGCUGGCGAGGAGGUCCUCGCGAGCUCCAAGUUCAUCAUAGUGCGCUUCCUCCCGGCUUUCGUCGUCCAGCUCUUCGUGCGCAUCCUCGCCCGCGCCCGGUUCGAAGCCAGGGAGGCGAAGAAGGAGAAGGAGAAGAGGGAGAACAACGAGAAGCAGACAAGCUCGACCGCCAUCAGGGUUGAAUCAUCUAAGGAACAACGUCCAGAAAGUCGAGGAGCACGGCGCUGGGGGCCCAAAGGCUUCAUGCCAUAUGCAAUCUACCUAGCCCCUCCUUUGAUUCAACUUUCUUGUCUUGGCAUUAAGAUGAAAGCCCAUCAUGAGGAAGGAUCUCUUGAAUGGAGGGUGGGCUAUGUGCUUGAUGACUUUGCGAGGUUCACUUCUGCUAUUUUGAUUUCGUUUGUUGGUGUCCCAAGCAUGCUGCUCACAGCGAUGAUUCCCAAGGUGAAGGAUGAUGACACUUCGUCGCAGUGAACUGUUGAAGUUUCAGGGGUUGCUGGUGGUACCUGACUGCUGAGUAACAGGAUGGUUUUUUGGCCGAGUAAUUAACAAGAUCGUGAUGCAACUACUGUUAAUUGGACUAGUGGAGUCCAGUUUCGUUUGCCCUUUCUGUGUUCUGAACCACUCUGGCAUGUCAUACAAUUCUGAACCGCUCUUGGCAUGUCAUAUAAUUCUGAACCGCUCUUGGCAUGUCACAUAAUUCUGAACCGCUCUUGGCAUGUCAUGUAACUCACCUAGCAAUCGACUAGCGUACUGGUAGGCUUUCUUGUUCAUGUCACUUGAAUUUCUGGAAAUAUUGUUAAUCUGGCAUGAACACGUGAUCGAUGUCGUGGAUGCCUGCUCUCAUAUUGCACGGCUGCAGAGUUUAUCCUCAGAGCACUGCAUUUGUGAUAGUGGCCGAUAAGAUUUGAACA